GAGGAGCCGCCCGUAGCAAUUACGUCUGGGUCCAAGCAAACAUGAGGCAGCUGCCAGCCGGCCCGGCAGUCCUGUUCUCAGCUGCGAAGAGGGGAGGCCGGCAACAGUUUCCUUCAGCGCCCAGGAUGCAGCGGGCGAAGGAAGUGAUGAAGGUGUCAGAUGGCAGCCUCCUGGGGGAUCCCGGGCGCACACCGCUAAGCAAGAAGGAGGGCGUCAAGUGGCAGAGGCCCCGGCUCACCCGCCAGGCCCUGAUGCGGUGUUGCCUGGUCAAGUGGAUCCUGUCCAGUGCGGCCCCACAGGGCUCAGACAGCAGCGACAGUGAGCUGGAGCUAUCUACAGUGCGCCACCAGCCAGAGGGACUGGACCAGCUGCAGGCACAGACCAAGUUCACCAAGAAGGAGCUACAGUCCCUCUACAGGGGCUUCAAGAACGAGUGUCCCACGGGCCUGGUGGAUGAAGACACCUUCAAACUCAUUUACUCACAGUUCUUCCCUCAGGGAGAUGCCACCACUUAUGCACACUUCCUCUUCAACGCCUUCGACGCCGAUGGGAAUGGGGCCAUCCGCUUUGAGGACUUUGUGGUCGGCCUCUCCAUCCUGCUGCGCGGAACAGUUCAUGAGAAGCUCAAGUGGGCCUUUAACCUCUACGACAUUAAUAAGGAUGGCUACAUCACCAAAGAGGAGAUGCUGGCCAUCAUGAAGUCCAUCUAUGACAUGAUGGGCCGCCACACCUAUCCGAUCCUGAGGGAGGACGCGCCUCUGGAGCACGUGGAGAGGUUCUUCCAGAAAAUGGACCGGAAUAAGGAUGGGGUGGUGACCAUUGAUGAGUUCCUGGAGACCUGUCAGAAGGAUGAGAACAUCAUGAGCUCCAUGCAGCUAUUUGAGAACGUCAUCUAGGACAUGUCGGUGGGGAGGGGUACUUGAGUGGCCAUGGCCACCUCUGCCCCCAAAGAAACCUCAAUCCUGCCAGGAGCAGCCUCCAUGAGAAACUUUUUUCUAAUAUAUUUGAAAAAGUGAACAGUUUGCUCUGGACACACGCAUACA